AUGGACCAAUUCAAAGAACUCACAGCCCACCCCCAAGUCCAGCAGGUGCUCCAGUCGCCACUGGCCCAGAACUCCCUGGCCGCGAUUUUGGCCCUGGGAUUCUUGAGAUAUACAAACCGCACGCUGUCCAGAUGGAGUCUGAACAAUUGGAAUUCAGACUCCUGGCAGGGUGAAAAGGAGCUGGUUCUUCUCACCGGGGGUACCGGCGGUAUUGGCCGUCAGAUCAUGGAGGAUCUAUCGCAGGCGGGUGCUAGAGUGGUUAUUGUGGACGUCAAGGAGCCUGAAUUCAAGCUGCCCAAAAACGUGUCCUUUUACAUCUGCGACAUCACAAAUUCAGCCAGCCUGAAGACCGUCGGAGACAAGAUCCGUCAGGCACACGGAGAACCCACGGUCCUCAUCAACAACGCCGGUGUAGGCCAUGACGGGACCAUCCUCGAGGAACCCGAGGACAAGAUCCGGCAGACCUUCGAGGUGAACACAGUCUCGCACUUCAUGACUGUCCGGGAGUUCCUUCCAGACAUGAUCAAGAAGAACCACGGCCAUGUGAUUACGAUUGCCAGCAUGGCUAGUUUCAUGGCGUUGGGUGAGAUGGUGGAUUACUGCUGUACGAAGUCCAGUGCGCUGGCGUUCCAUGAGGGGUUGAGACAGGAGUUGAAGUUCUGGUACCAUGCCCCCAAGGUUCGGACUAGCGUGAUUCACCCCCUAUGGGUGCGCACAGCCAUGAUCAAGCAGCUCACCGACGCCGGUGACCAAUUCAAUCAGCCGGUGUUGACUCCCCAGACUGUGUCGGCGGCAGUCGUCAAGCAGAUUCUGACACAGAGCAGUGGCCAGGUGAUCCUGCCCUCGCGGCUGACUCACUAUUCGCUGGUUAGAGCGUUUCCGUCGUGGAUGCAGGAGGCUGCUCGGGGGAUUGGAUCGGGGAUUCUGCGGAAGUUGCGCAAUUGUCAAUGA